AUUUUCCCAAAUUACUUGGACAAAAUGGAAAAGAGUCCUUCCUCCUCAUCUCUCUCGCUCAUCUCGCCCUCUCCCUCACUCUGUCUCGCGUAGCCUUCCUCCCGACUGCACCCAGCCAGCCACCUCCUCAUCCUUCUUCCUCAUCCUCUCCCGUAGCCUUCCUCUUCAUCUUCUUUCCAUCCCUCCCGACUGCACCUAGCCAGCAGACAGCAGCACAGAGCCACUUCAGCAGGCAGCAGGUCCAAGAAGACGAAGAUUGGUGGAAUGAGCUGACUUGUGCAGUGAUGCGGUCCAUGGGGACUUUGCUCUUAGCUUUCGUGCUUGGAUCAGUUGCGACUAUGGUUGGAACUCUCGUGGCAUUUCAAAUGGUGCCCAUGCGAUCACUGGGUCCAGAUAAUUGGAAAAUAGCUUAUGCUCUCAUGGGUAGCUAUAUUGGUGGAUAUGUUUCAAUGCAAACAGAAUCCAAUUACGACAGAAAGCUGCCUGUUGUAGAAACUGCCACUGCUCUUGCUACAUUGUUUGUGAUAUGCAAGGCUUCCACAUAUCUCACAGGAUUGUGUGGAAUUCCAGGAGGCAGCUUGCCAAUGAUAACAGCUACUGUUGGAGAUGUAAAUAUCAUGCAUGUAACAUAUAGGAAACUGGAAGAUUAAGGUGUGUUUGAGAAAGAUCCUCAUUGAGAAUGGGCAGGAUAACUGCAAUGAUAAUUUGCCAACAAAUAUUGAGGGCAAUGCUGCAUCUCUGGAUGGUUGACAUGAAACUACUGUAUUAGUAUAAAUAUGUUUUUUGGCUAUCCCUUUUCCGGAAUAUGAAUUGUUUUGUUUCUCUUCAGGUUUGGUUGUUGGUAAAGACGAUUUGAUCAACCGCAAAAGUAUAAGCCAUUUGUCAGCAGGUGUGUGGUGCAGGGAAAUCUUGAGAUUGGAAGUCUCAGAGAAGUUGAUGUGAAGUCUGGGCUUCCUGCCACAACAAGUACUGA